AUGAUGAAGAAGCCUCAUGUAGUCUGCAUCCCAUUUCCAGCUCAAGGUCACGUAAAUCCCAUGACGAAGCUAGCAAAAAUUCUUCAUCUCAGAGGAUUUCAUGUAACCUUCGUGAAUUCAGAAUUCAAUCAUCAACGAUUGCUCAAUUCAAGAGGACAAGAUUCACUUAAAGGCUUGCCUGAUUUUCAUUUCGAAACUAUCCCUGAUGGUCUUCCACCACCAACCGAUCUAAAUGCCACCCAAGACGUUGCAUCACUCUGCAUAUCCACGCAAAACACUUGCUUAGAACCUUUUCGAAACCUCAUCUCCAAACUCAACAACACUUCAUUGUCCAACGUCCCUCCGGUGACCUGCAUAGUUUCUGACGCGUGCAUGGACUUCGCUCUCCAUGUAGCAAAAGAGCUUGAAAUCCCAGGAUUUUUGUUUUGGACUUUUAGCUUCUGUAGCUUCGCUUGUUUCUUGCAUUUUCCGCAUCUCGUUGAAAGAGGUCUUGUUCCACUCAAAGAUGAAAGUUGUUUAACAAAUGGGUAUAUGGACACCCAAAUUGACUGGAUUCCUGGAAUAAAAAAUAUCUUGUUUAAAGAUCUUCCUAGUUUUGUUCGAACAACAGAUCCUAAUGAUGCCAUGUUGAAUUAUGUUAUAAAAGUAGUUGCCGGAACUUAUGAAGCUACGUCGUUGAUUUUCAAUACUUUUGACGAGUUAGAAAUAGAGUUAUUGGAUGCAUUCAAGUCUCAAUUAUCACUGCCUCCAAUUUACACCAUUGGUCCUGUUCACAAUCUCCACAACCAAAUUCCACAAGAUGGGUUGCAGUCUAUAGGAUCAAAUCUGUGGAAAGAAGACACCAAGUGUCUAAAAUGGCUCGAUUCCAAAGAACCUGACUCAGUCAUGUAUGUUAAUUUUGGCAGUAUAGCUGUUAUGACCACUCAACAACUAGUAGCAUUUGCUUGGGGGCUGGCUAAUACUAAGCACAAUUUCUUGUGGAUCAUCCGACCCGAUCUGGUAGUUGGUGAGUCAGCAAUGCUCCCCCCUGGGUUCAUAGAAGAAACCAAAGAAAGAGGUCUGCUCGCAAGUUGGUGUUCACAAGAGCAUGUACUGAAGCACCCAUCCGUAGCUGGUUUCUUAACACACUGUGGAUGGAAUUCAACUUUAGAAAGCUUAUCUAGUGGAGUUCCUAUGAUAUGUUGGCCAUUUUUCUCAGAUCAAUUAACAAAUUGCAGCUACUUAUGUAAUCAUUGGGGAGUUGGAAUGGAGAUUGAUAAUGAGGUGAAGAGAGAUGAAGUUGAGAAGCUAGUGAGAAAGUUAAUGGAAGGAGAAAAGGGUAAAGAGAUGAAGAGCAAAGCCAUGGAGUGGAAGAAGAAAGCCAAAGAGGCCAUAUCACCCGGUGGCUCUUCUUACGCCAACAUUGACGAGGUAAUAAACAAAUUACUACUUGUAACAAAAAAUUAGGCAACGCAAAAUGGCUGUCGAGUGAAUUGUGCUAUAUACAAGAUUUCUUUCCAACAGAAGCAAUUACGUAUCAGUCUUGAGUGUUUAGUAUUCAAAAUAAAUUUUAGAAAUGAUUAUUCUCUAAUGCUGCAGUAAAGUUUUCUUCAAGAUUUCGUGCAGUAUUUUAAUUAUUUCUAAAGUAGACAACUUUCUAUGCAUUAGAUGGAGAGAA